AUGUACGGAGGAGGUGACUUUGGCGGAGGUGAUUUUGGCGGUGGCGGAGCCAGCCAAUUUGGAGGCGGCGGCUUCAUGCCUACAACCCCGGGGCCACCUGGGGGAGCAGGAGGAGCAGCUGGAGUUUACUCUCCUAACGCAGGUGGACGGAGACCCAACAACGUCAACACGCUCUUCCCUGUGACCGUGCGGGAGAUCGCCAACGCUGGAGUGCGCGACACGACGGAAAACUCGCUCUUCAUCAACGGCCACGAUGCAACUAACAUGGUGCUUGUAGGCAAGGUGGCGAGGCGCGACGACCACGAGACAGACGUGUCGAUAGUGCUGGACGAUAGCACGGGCAAGAUUGAAGUGCGCCGAUGGAUUGAUCGUGACACUAACGAGUUGGCUACCUUGGAGACCGUGCGCCCUGGAGCGUACGUUCGAGUGCAUGGCCACGUGAGGCUGCAGAACAACAAGCGAUACGUCAUCGCACAUGCUGUCAGGCCUGUCACGGAUUUCAACGAGGUUACAUUCCAUUUUCUGGAUGCCAUUUUCGUGUACCUGCACACUCGCAAGACGGGAGGAGGAGCGGAUGGCACAGAGGCAUCACCCCAUCAGCCGCCACAGCGGCCGCAACAGCCUGCCUACAACCAGUAUGUGCCGCCACCAGCACCGGCAGCAGCAGGAGCAGCAGGUGGAAUGGGCGGCGGCGGAGGCGCGUUUGGUGGUGCUGGGGGAGGGGCAGGAGGGGGGCGGGGAGUGGAGUUGCGCGACAGAAUCAUGCAGUUUUAUGAGAGCCCACAGAAUGCGACCGUUCAACAAGGUAUUCACCACCAGCAAGUGGCUCAGAGCAUGCCAGACGUAUCGCCCCAGGAGAUUCGGAGCACCGUGGAGUAUCUCACCAAUACUUGCCUGCCACGUGUAUUCCGUCCGUUCGAUCUCGCUCUGCCGAUCACACCCUCUCCUCCGUCGCCCAGGCUCGUGGUAGCUUCGGCCACGUCAUCCCGAACCCUGCUGACGAUGCGCCCAGCUGGCCAGCGCGCGUUCCACGUCAGCGCUAUGAUGGGGGAGGAGGCGCGGCGCUUCCAGUCAGGCGGUCAGGGUCAGUGCUGGGGGGAAGGGGGAGGGAGAGGGGAAGAGGGGAAAGGAGGGGGGGAGAGGCAGCCCUCCGCGCGUGUGUUUGUAGACCACACGGUGUACAAGGGCAAGGGCGCUCUAAGCUUCGUGCCCAUCGCCCCUCGCUUCCGAGUAACCCAGACGGGUGCGUAUGCGUUGGCUCGCGAGGGUUCUGUGCUGCUUAACUUUUCCAACGCCAUCGGCACGCGCAAAUACGACUGGGACAACAAGCAGAAUUUCUCCCUGUCAGUGUCAGAGAUCGGGUCAGUGCUGGGGCUGAACCCAGAAGACAAGCUCGACUUCUACCACGACCCGGCCAAGGGCAGGAGUGAAGAGGGUCAGGUGCAGAAGGUGCUGCGUAUCCAGCCAUUCAAUGACUUCACAGGCUUUUAUUUCAGUCUCAAUGUGAAGGACGCUCGCAGGGGUGUUGAUGAUCGUUUUUCUGUGCCUGUCACCAAGGCGGAAUUCAUUGUGGUCCGAAGCGCCAUGAAUUUCAUCUUGCCGCAUCUUAUGGGAUGGAAUGCGUUGGUAAGUCCUGGCUCAAUUGAUCCUUCCAUGAUGGUACCGUCAGCACCCUCUAGCGAUAACAACUGGCAAUGA